ACCUCGAUCCAGUCCAAUAUAUAUAGGUUGCUCAAUUGCUUCAAUCUACACAAAUACAUACAUCUCCAUUUCUAGCUCUAACAAAUCUCUGAUCCCCACUCUAGCAAGUGCAAUCACAUAUAUAAAAAAAAAACCCAUCAAUGGCUGCUCUCACUAGUGUCUUUCUGCUGCCACUGCUAGCAGCCGCGUUGUUACUAUCUUCACCGGCAGCCUCAACUUCCCGGUGGCUCACCCAGCAGCUCCACCCGGCAACCACCACCACCACCGGCGGCGGCUUCCAGGUCGCCCUCACGCACGUGGACUCCGGCAAGAACCUCACAAAGAUCGAGAGCCUCCAGCGCGGGAUCAAGCGCGGCAACUACAGGCUCCAGAAGCUCAACGCAAUGGUUCUUCCGACCCAAUCCGCUCCAUCAGAAGACGUGGCCGCUCCCGUGGAAGCCGGGAACGGCGAGUUCCUGAUGGAGCUGGCAAUCGGGACGCCUCCCGUGUCCUACUCGGCCAUUGUGGACACGGGAAGCGACCUAAUAUGGACGCAAUGCGAGCCCUGCAGUAUCAGCUGCUACAGCCAGCCCACCCCAAUCUUCGACCCCUCCGAAUCCUCGACUUUCGCGAAGCUGCCCUGCUCCAGCGACCUCUGUUCCGCCCUGCCGCAGUCGCUGUGCGGAUCCGACGGCUGCAAUUACCUCUACACCUACGGCGACGAUUCCUCCACGGAGGGGGUCAUGGCCACCGAGACCUUCACUUUCGGCGGGAACCAAGUCAAGGUUCCGCAACUCGGGUUCGGGUGCGGGGAGGAUAACCAAGGGGACGGGUUCUCGCAGGGAGGUGGGCUCGUCGGGCUGGGCCGAGGCCCACUCUCGCUCGUCUCACAGCUGGACCAGCCCAAAUUUUCCUACUGCCUGACCUCCAUAAACGACGCCUCCAGCAGCACGCUGUCCAUGGGCUCGCUGGCUGGGCCGGCCGGGAACUCGUCGGUCACGACCGGUUUGAUCCAGAACUCGGCCCAGCCGUCGUUUUACUACGUCGCCCUGGAAGGAAUCUCGGUCGGCGGGAGCAGCCUGCCCAUCCCGGCGUCCGCUUUCGCCCUGCAGAGCGACGGCAGCGGCGGGAUGAUCAUCGAUUCCGGGACCACCAUCACGUACCUGGAAGGCGUCGCGUACGAUGAGGUGAAGAAGGCGUUUGUGGCCGCCAUCGAUUUGUCGGUCGACGAUUCCGGUUCGACCGGUCUGGACCUGUGCUUCGAUCUGCCGUCGGGCGGGUCGGGCAACGUCGAAGUGCCGAGCCUGGUGUUUCAUUUCCAAGGGGCGGAUUUGGAGCUGCCGGCGGAGAAUUACAUGAUUGCGGAUUCGAGCGCAGGGGUGGUUUGCCUGGCGAUGGGGAGGUCGAACGGGAUGUCGAUCUUCGGGAAUGUUCAGCAGCAGAAUUUCUUGGUGCUCUACGACCUUGGUAAGGAGACAUUGUCGUUUACUCCCAACCAGUGCGCCAACUCAUGAGGAUGUGCAGAUAAUGGUAAGAGUAUUGAUCGUUCUUCAGGAUCACUUAUUACAGUGUACACACAUACACAAUUCGUUAACCAUGAUUUUUUUUUUUUUUUUUUGUUUCUGAGCUCAUACAUCAUACGUCAUCAUCAGAAGCAUAAUAGUGCUAUUGCCUAUUAUACAUGUCAAUGAAUACAAUUUCUUUGCUUGAUCAUAAGUACAAUGAUCUUAGCCUACAAUCUUAGCUUCUCACUAACCAUGAUUCACAACCCUACAACUUAGCUAACAGACUCAUACUGACUUCAACACUAAGCAACAGACAUGUAUGCAAACACUAAACGCUCGACUGGACUCUAAAUGACACAAACCAAACUUAAAUGAACAAACUGUAAAUGGACAAACGACGCAACUUCAAUUAUAGGGAUGGGGCAUGAACUUUUUCCUCCUGGCGCCAAAUUGUUUCUUCUCGCAGCGACCUGGGUUCAAUUCUUAUGCAAUCUCAUCAGCAUCUCACACAUCUUACCUCUCUCGCAUUAGUUGAAAUGCUUCUAACUUUAGAGACCUGGUCAUCAUUAGUGGUGUUAGUCGGUGCGGUUUGGGUUUAACCGAACCGAACCAUUGGUUAGCCGAGACCGAGAAUCACCCACCAUUGCCAACCGAAGCCGAGAUCGAAGGGGUCUUCGGUUAACUUCCAAGCGCAACCGUCGAUUUCGAUUUUUGGUUGCGGUUUGCCGAGAACGACACACACCACCUCCGAACACCGCCAUCGCUAUGCAUGUCAUCGCUAUAUUGUACUUAUCCUGAUAAAUUAUAUCAAAUCUCAUCUAACGUAUGAGUUAUAACAUAUAAUAUUCCACCAAAAUAACAUUACUUAGAUUCAACAUAUAGUGAAAAUUCAAACACACUUAUAUAACAUCAAAAGAAAAAUCGAAAAAUAGGCGCAUUUCGCAAACCAAAGAAAAAAAUGACACAAUUUGACCUUCAACCCAGUACCUUGUAGCAGUCGACCCGGCGGGUGCGUGCGGCCCGUUUUUCUCACCAAGAAAGGGUUAAAAUGGGUCGACCCGCGGGUUGACAACCUUGAUGGUUAGGUGUAGAAAAUCAAAUCACCAUCAACUUAUCAAACUAAAUGCAAUGGAUGGUGAGUGUAAAUAAAAAGUAGCAAACAAAUAAGAAAUAGAUUAUAGAAGAAAGAAGAAAACUACUUACCUUGAUAAUAUAUUCAUACGACACAAUGAGCUCUAUAAGCACAUUACUUCACUUCCCUCCUCCUCACGUUAACAGACUGGGAUGACAAUUUCGAUCUCACCCGUUUUACCGACCUAUUUGGCCUGUUUUGGGGUGGGGCGGGCAUGGGUACUCUCAUCGACCCGACCUGCCCUGAUCCCCCCCAUCUCGAUUCGUUCUUGCCUAAAAUUACAUAUAAUCUUAGUCAAAUUACUUUGGAUUUUUCUUUUAUUACAUUAUAGUUUAGCUAUAAUAAAGUUGUAAAUUAGUG